ACAAGUGACUGGCGAACAAAACGUGUCUCUAAUGGUCUCUAAAAUUUGACAAAACUUAUAACAUUUUGUGGAUAAUUUUGAUUUUUACAGAUAAAAUAUGAGGCCCAUAGCUCUCCAUGGCCAUGAACGGUCCGUAACACACAUAAAAUAUAAUCGAGAUGGUGACUUGUUAUUCUCGUCAGCAAAAGAUAACUCCCCCUCAGUGUGGUAUUCAAUAAAUGGUGAAAGAUUAGGCACAUAUAAGGGUCAUGGUGGUGCUGUAUGGUGCAUUGAUGUGGACUGGACAACAAGCAAAGUUAUAACCGGGUCAGCAGAUAACAGUUUAAGAAUGUGGGAUACAGAAACGGGGACACAGCUGGGCAAAUAUGACACAAGGUCUGCUGUGCGGACAUGUGCAUUCUCGUACUGUGGCAACAGGAUAAUGUUUUCUACAGACAAGCAGAUGGGCCAUGCUUGUGAAAUAUUCUUUUGCGAUAUCAGGGAUUCAGCACAAAUGGGUCAUAACAGUUCAUACCUCAGUAUACCAGUGGAUGGUCCUAAAGUAACCUCAGCAAUAUGGGGUCCCUUAGAUUACUAUAUAAUCGCUGGACAUGAGAAUGGGACAGUCUGCCAAUGGGAUUCAAAGAGCGGCCAACGUCUGCUAAAUGUUGAAGGUCAUACUAAAGCAGUGAAUGAUAUUCAACCAUACCAUGAUACAACCAUGUUCGUGACAGCAUCUAAAGACAACACAGCAAAGCUUUUUGAUUCAGAUAGCCUGGAACACUUGAAAACAUACAAAACGGAAAGGCCGGUUAAUUCAGCGUCUCUCUCCUCGUUAAAACAUCACGUGGUCCUGGGUGGUGGUCAAGAGGCGAUGGACGUGACGACGACGUCGACGAGGAUAGGGAAAUUUGAUGCUCGAUUUUUUCACAUGGUGUUUGAAGAAGAAAUUGGACGCGUCAAAGGUCAUUUUGGGCCGAUAAACAGCGUGGCAUUUCACCCCGAUGGCAAAAGUUACAGUAGCGGAGGUGAAGACGGCUACGUCAGAUUGCACCAGUUCGACCCGUCGUAUUUUGAAUACGAAUUCGAGUAUUAGCUAUCACUGUAUAUGUAAUG